AUGGCAUCUGCUCUAUCGAAGACUUUCACAGUUAGCCUGCAUGAGGGCUUGGAAACGGUCCACCGCGCCGCGAGACGUGUUAUCUGUAGUACUGAUUUUUUGAAGGCUGCGAAGCUAAGCGCAGGUGAUGUUAUCGCAAUUGCAGGCGGGUCCGAUCUCACCCCAGUGAAGGUGUUUGCUGUAGGGGUCGUGUGGCCCUCCAUGGAUCUGUCACAAGACACCAUAUCGGUCUCCUUUUCCCUACUGCUUACCGCCGGCCUUGAGGUCGGUGCCCAGGCCCGUAUAUAUCCAUUGGCAGGCCUGAGUUCAUCAACCGCUACACCUGGCCUGCCAUCACUUCGACAGAUUCAGGAAGCUCGUAUCAUACGGCUCAAGGAGACUUCUCCGGAUGGUACGAAACCAUCUGGUUCCGCUUCUAAAACGCGCGAGAACAAUCACCGGGACUGGCUCUCUCUUCUUAUUAGAGAACUGAUAGUGGAUCUCAAAUACCUGACUUCUAAGCAAGUGAUUGAGGUGCGAUAUGAAGGUCAGCUGCGUCGGUUUAGCAUCGCUUCUAUCGCAAGCGACAAAAAAACGGACGCACCCCUUGAGGACGCCUUUACCACGCUAUCUGUAACCCCUUCCCCAAAUUUGUGGACGGCUUCGUGGGACACACAAGUCAUCCUCCUAGAGAGCGAUAAAGCGGAAAAUGCAGCACCCGCGUUCGCACCUAAGCCAGAAGUCGAAGCUCUUGUCCACAGUUCGGCAACAGAAGCUUAUGCCUCCGUUGGAGGCCUCAGUAAGCAGAUUGCUCAAAUUCGAGAUCUCCUUGAAAUCCCCCUCACCCGACCGGACCUUUUCCGCCAUUUCGGCCUCAAACCUCCCCGCGGGAUCCUCCUCCAUGGUCCACCUGGGACCGGCAAAACUCACCUUGCGCGUGCGAUAGCUUCUUCCACGAACUCAUCGGUACUCGUUAUCAACGGGCCUGAGCUCUCAUCUGCUUACCAUGGCGAAACCGAAGCGAGAUUACGCGAUGUGUUCAACGAGGCGAAAGAGAAAAGCCCUUGCAUCGUGAUUCUGGAUGAAGUUGAUGCGCUUGCUCCCAGGCGCGAAGAAGGAGCUGGUGGCGAAGUCGAGAAGCGUGUGGUAGCAACAUUACUAACCAUUCUGGACGGUGUGGAAGACGAGAGCGCCGAGGAUCAGGGCAGAGUUGUCGUCAUCGGCACGACCAAUAGACCCAAUGCCAUCGACCCUGCCCUACGCAGGCCUGGCAGGUUCGACAGAGAAAUAGAAGUCGGUAUCCCUGAUGCUGAAGACAGGCUCGCUAUCAUCGAGGUCCUGCUCCACCGCACCCCUCACUCGAUAAGCCAGGACGAGCUCCGCGCCAUUGCCUCGCGUGCCCAUGGAUAUGUGGGUGCGGACCUCAGCGCCGUUGUCAGAGAAGCUGGCACAGUUGCUAUCAAACGGUGGUUGGCAUCGUCUAUCAGCGCAGAUGGCUCCACCUCCGGCCCAACGAUGGAGCUGGCUGACCUCGUCGCAGCAUUGCCGACUGUCCGCCCAUCCGCAAUGCGUUCCCUUUUCGUCGAAUCGCCCCCCAUAAGAUACGCCGAUAUUGGAGGACAAGCGUCAGUCAUACAAAAGCUGAAGGAGGCGGUCGAAUGGCCGUUGGUUCACCCCGAAGCCUUCCAACGCCUUGGUGUGAAGCCACCAAAAGGUAUCCUACUCUACGGUCCUCCUGGAUGUAGUAAGACCGUUCUUGCCCGUGCUUGUGCUUGUGAGAGCGGUGUGAACUUCCUCGCAGUUAAGGGGCCAGAACUGCUGAACAAAUUUGUCGGCGAAUCAGAACGCGCAGUACGCGAGAUAUUCCGCAAGGCCCGGGCAGCCUCGCCGUCCAUCAUCUUCUUUGACGAGAUAGACGCACUAGCAUCAUCUAGAGGGACUGGCGGAGACACGGCGUCAUCGCAUGAGGGCGUUCUUACCAGUCUACUCAAUGAGAUGGAUGGCGUCCAGGAGUUGCUAGGAGUAACCAUUAUUGGUGCCACAAAUAGGCCGGAUGCCAUCGAUUCUGCUCUGAUGAGACCGGGGCGCUUAGAUCGUAUACUCUACGUUGGCCCUCCAGACCAGUCUGGUCGAGAGGAAAUUCUGCGUAUACACACCAGAAAAAUGGCAAUCGAUCCUGACACCGAUUUCGUCGAACUUGCGGCUUUGACCGACGGAUGCUCAGGAGCGGAGAUCGCGUCAUUAUGCCAAGAAGCCGCGUUGCUUACCAUGAAAAGUGAUAUCCAUGCGCCUUUUAUUCCUCACGAGGCGUUGCGGACUGCAGCUACAACUAUGAAGAGACAGAUAACUGCGUCCAUCACUCUCAAGUUCCAACAAUGGACUUUGUCCAGCGGUCUAAAGCACGUAUAG